UCCGCCAAUGAGUCAGCUGCAGGUCAAUAAUCUCUUUACGAUUAUCACUGCAUGGUUUCUCUCUUUUGAAGGAUCCAAAUCAGAUGAAACAGGCUGCAUUUUCUUUGCAUCUUCAUUUUUGAAUACAGGGUCUGAUCUGUCUGCAGACAGAGCAUGGAUCAGUUUCGUGGCUUAUUUGCUAAAGUGGAUCGAAACAAUGAUGGAUUCAUAUCGGUGGCGGAGCUCCACGAUGAAAUGAGGAAGCAUGGGAUCCUCUCAGCAGAUGGCAAGGUCCAGAAUAUCAUUGAUUCUUAUGACAAAAACAAAGAUGGCCUGCUGGAUUAUAAAGAGUUCCUCAGCUACAUGAUGGACAGAGAGAGGAAAUGGAAAAUUUACUUUCAUGACCUUGAUAAGAACAAGUGUGGAGUGAUUGACCAGGAGGACAUCAUAUGUUUGUUUAAGGAGUUAGGAGUGGUCAUAUCAAAGCCGAAUGCAAAAAAAAUUAUUCAAAUGAUGGAUAAGGACAGUUCGAUGACAGUGGACUGGGGUGAAUUCCUGCACCAUGUCAUCCUCAACCCCGUGGACAACAUCGGGGAGCUAGUGUCCUCGUGGAAACACAAUCUGGUUUUCGAUGUGGGUGAGAGUCGUGCAAUGCCCAUUGAGUUUCCUGAAGAGGCGUCAGGUUUUGGUGCAUGGAGGACGUUUGUUCUUGCAGCAGGACUGGCUGACGCUGUAUCUCGAAGUGUGACGGCACCCAUCGAUCGACUUAAGACCCAACUUCAGGUUCAUGGAUCCAAGGCCUUCUCACAGGGCUUUCAGGAGAUGAAGGCAGGUGGUCUGCGCUCGAUGUGGCAAGGCAACGCUGUCAACGUGUUAAAAGGAACACCACAGUCCACACUACAGUGUCUCAUCUACGCCCAGAUGAAGGUGUACACCCAGAACCGUACACAGGAGACUCUGACGGUGCAGCAGCGUUUCGGCCUGGGUUGUGUUUCCGGUGCUGUUGCUCAUGCUGCCUUCUACCCUUUAGAGGUGCUGAAGGUGAGGUUGAACCUGCAGCAAGCUGGAACCUACCAUGGCGUUGUGGCCUGCGCCCGAUCUAUUUACAGACAUGAGUCGUUGUCAUCCUUUUACAGAGGAUUCAAGCCGAGCAUCCUCUGCAUGAUCCCCUACGCAGGUGUGGAGUGUGCUGUUCAUCAGUCAAUCAUGAACUGGGCAAAGAGUGAUCCAGCCUACAACAGUGACUCCAAACUGUUCUUCUUCAGUUUUGUGGCCUUUGCUUCUGGACAAAUGACCAGUUAUCCGCUGGCAGUGAUCCGGACUCAGCAACAAGCACAAGCUUUCAGCUCAGAUUCACGUCCAGCUUCAGGUGUAUUACAAGGACUUAUAGGGAUCUAUGAAAGACGUGGGAUUAGAGGAUAUUAUAAUGGAAUGGGAGCCAGCUUUAUUAGAGCCAUUCCAUGUGCUCUGAUAAACUACACUUUAACUAGAAAAUUUGAAAAUAUGUUUUCUUCAAUGGAGUCUUGAAUGUAGCAAAAAGGUUGUUGACCUGUUCUUCUGGGCUUUCAUCAGGAACACAAAGAAAACAAAAAGUGAACUCGUACUAACAAUAAUUGAGCAUUUUGGACGGUAGAGAAAGACAGGUGAGAGAGAGAGGGGCUGACACAGAGUGGUGAGGACUCGAUAUGUGGGGCACUCUUUACCAGGUGAAUGUGGGUGCACAUUUGUAGCUUUUUAUAAAGCUUUAAUUAAGUGAGUGGUUUACCACUAACCAAGAGCACGAGAGCACGCCUCACUAGGUGCUGUUGCAUGGUUGACUUGAAAUUUACAAUGUGACCAAUUGCAAUAAAUGCCCACUUGAGAGCGGGCUGUGUAAAUGAGGACAUGUGUUAAAGUUUGAGCUACAAUAAAGUUUUGUUUCAUAACAA